AGAAGUCGCUCUUGUAUACCUACAGUAGGAUUAAAGCACUGUACAUCGCUAACAUGUGCCGUACACGCACAUAGCAUCGCACAGUAUUGUAGGAUUUUAAGGUUACUUAUACAAUCUGUAAAUAUUUUCCUAAAUCAACUUGAUUGAAUUGCCCAUAAGAUAUAACUGUAGAUGCAUGUCGAUUGCUAUUUGCAUAGUCACGCAUACAAUAAAUCUUAGCGCUGUGUAUAAGAUAAGACGUACUUAACAAUGACAAUUCACCAACAAAAACGUAAAUGAUUACGUAUUAGUGUAACAUAAAGUAAAUAUAGCUACCUAGAUCUGUAAAUAUGACCCGGCUUAUUUCAAAAAGAUGUAUAAAUUUGUUAAUAUCCAAACAUGCGAUAUCAUGGACAAAAGUAUCUAUCAAUAACGAAUUGGGGAAAAUUUUGCCAGCUUUGAAGCUGCCCGUUCUGUUCAUGUGUAAUAAUUGUGACGACGAAAACAAGAAAAACACGAUUGCUUAUGUAGUCAAGCAUUGGCAAGAGAGGUUUCUACAGGAGGGUAUUGCUGAGCCGAUUGAAUCGAUAGAACACAUUGUUUGUCACGUGAUUGGAUCGAAAAAGAUAACGGACUUGAUUAAUCAUCACGAAAGAGUUCUCGACAAAGAGCAGUUGGAAAAAUUAGAGCUGCUAUGCGAAUGCCGAUUAUCAAGGAUGCCGGUCCAAUAUAUUAUCGGCGAAUGGGAUUUUCGAGAACUGACGUUAACGUUGGAACCUCCUAUUUUUAUACCACGCCCGGAGACCGAGAUUUUGGUUGAUUUUUUAUUGACAAGAAUAUCUGAUUCCGCGAAUAAGAACAAGAACAUUUUAGAAAUAGGAUGCGGCUCUGGUGCAAUCAGUUUGUCGGUAUUGCACUCGAGUCAAAAUGCGAAUAUUGUUGCAAUCGACGUGAAUCCAAGAGCGUGCGAACUCACAAUUCGGAACGCAAAAAAUUUAGAUCUCGAUAUGCGUUUAACGGUUCUGAAUGCAGCCAUACAGAAAGAUGGAAAAAUCGAGGUGAAAAAAGCCUACGGAACGAAUAAAGAAGAAGUCGAUUUCAGUAAAAGAAAAUUCGACUUUAUAGUCAGCAAUCCUCCUUACAUACCAACCAAGAGCGUGUUUGAGCUGCAACCGGAAAUAAAAUUAUACGAAGAUAUACGAGCUUUGGAUGGCGGGGAUGAUGGUUUAAAGUGGAUCGAGCCGAUCCUCAAAUACGCGUCCGAAGCUUUAAACGUUGGAGGAUAUCUGAUACUGGAAGUGGAUUCUAGUCAUCCCGAGAGAAUAAAAUUCCUAGUCGAAAAGUAUUAUGCAAAUCAGCUGAAAUUCAAGCACAUCCACAAAGACUAUUGUAACAAGGAGCGAAUUGUAGAAAUCUUGAAAAUAAAUAGUAGUUCUUAAAAAAAUA